AUGGGAUCUAAAACUAUAACGACAAGUACCUUUAAUGAAGGACCUUCGCAGUCUGAUUUUGUUAAUGAAAAUGUUAUUGAAUUAACUGAUGCAGAGCAUCGCAAACCCCGAAAGAAUGUGGACAUAAAGGACAUGUUCAAUAGUACAGAGCUAGAGCCUAUCAAAAGUUUUGAGGGUUUAGAAGAGGAUUCUGAUUAUGAUGACGACGGGUUUACGUAUGCUGAAGGUGGUCUGGAGGCUUGGAUAGUAGUUUUGGGAUCAUUUCUUGGGAUUUUACCGACAUGGGGGUUAUACUUCUCUGCUGGUGUGAUUCAAUCUUAUGUUUCCGAACACCAGUUGAAGGAUGACUCUACAUCAUCUGUGUCAUGGAUUUUCUCUAUAUCUAGUUGUUUACUAUUGGGAACCAGUGUAUUCAGUGGGAUGUACUUUGAUCGUUAUGGAGCAAGAAAGCCAUUAGUCAUUGGAACGGUAAUGACAGUGGGAGGUGUACUUGCGGUGGCCCAAUGCACGAAGGUAUGGCAGUUUAUUUUAGCUUUGAGUAUUUGCGUUGGUACUGGCUCGGGAAUAACAUCCAGUCCUUUGCUUGGUUGCGUAUGCCAUUACUUUUAUAAAAGAAGAGCAUUUGCAACAGCCGUGGCCAUUAACGGUGGUAGUAUUGGCGGUGUGGUUUUCCCGCUAUUUCUUGAACAUUCCUUCAAAAAUUUAGGUUUCAUUUGGUCAAUGAGGAUUAUGGCGUUGAUUUGUGGUGUGUGUUUGACCCUUUCCAUCUUUUUGAUCAAAGAAGACCCUACUAAGAGGGCGCCUGUCGAACCUAAAAAUGAAGAUAUCUCAUUUGCGAAAAAUCUACUAUUAAAUAUUAGGGAUUCAUUUGAUUACAUGUCAUUAAUAUCAGAUUAUAAAUACCUCUUUUGUGUGUUUGCUUCUUGCCUGGCUGAAGUAUCUACUGGUGCUGUCCUAACUUAUAUCCCAUCAUACUGCACCACGGUCGGAUAUUCCGAAAAUACUUCUUUUCUUGUAAUUACUGUUUUAAACACAUUAAGCAUCGCAGGCGGUUAUCUGUUCAGUUUUUUGGCUGACAAAAUCAUGGGGAGGUUCAAUGUCAUGAUAAUGAUCAAUUUCUUCCUAGGUAUUGUUCCACUAAUAUUCUGGUUGCCCUUUGGAAAUAAAGGAAAGUCAAUCAUGUAUGGGUUUUCAGCCGUAUAUGGUCUAUUUUAUGGUUCGUUGAUCAACCUUGCCCCUGUUUGCUGCGGUCAAAUUUCGAGAACAGACGAGUUCGGAAAAAGGUACGCCACUAUGUACUGCAUUGUCGGUCUUUCGUUUUUGGUAGCCUUACCGGUUUCGGGUGUGAUAAUCGGCAAAGGAACGCUUGAAAGUUACAAAAACUUCAUAAUAUUUGUUUCCAUAUUGUCUAUGCUAUCCGGUUCAUUGUAUUGCCUGAGUAAAUGCUUCGCGGUGAAGCAGAAACUAAGCAAACUACCCAGAAAAGAAACCUCCAAUACAACUCUUUCUUCAACUUUCAAAAUAAUCACGAAGAGAUUCUAG